UUAGCUUUUUUUUAAAUUGACAGCGAAAAUCCUCUCAGCAUCUUAAAACCUGUUGCGCAGUGUAAGAGACCAAGACGUACAUACACAUAUAGGCUUACAUACCGAAACUUUUUAGUUGAUAAGCGUUCAGAAUUCCAUUGAUAAGUUGUUGAAACAUGACUCGUCUAAUUAAAUACAACUAAUUUAGCCGACAAUCGUUGAUGGGCCAAUAUAUAAAGGGCUGAGCUGAGCGGUGGAGUUGUCGCACACAAUGAGAAAAUCUUUAGGCAUUGACAUCCGUUUGCUGAUCGUCGCUGCCGUUGCCCUAUGGCUGAGCGGCGACAGCAUUUGCCGCAUCGCCGCAACGGACGAGUUUCCGGAAUGCGACGGCAUCGCCAGCGGCAGCUACAUUAACAACACUCGCGCCAACUGCAACUACAGCUUGAUCUACUGCGAUGAGGACAGCUCACAGUUUUGCGACAGGGAGAAUUCGUGUGACCUGGAGUACAGCUGUGGCGGGCAGAACUCGAGCACGCUGAACCCGUCGACACCACCAGCAGCGGCGGAAACAACAACGGCCACGGAGAGCAGCAACAGCAGCUCGAGCGGCAGCACUGCAGCGCCAGGGACUGAUGUGCGUGGCCUGUGCCGGCGAGGCGUCACUAAGAAAUACCUGUAUCCAGGUAAUUGCAAUUACUACUACUACUGCGUGGACGGCUUUCUGAUUGUCGAACAGUGUCCCAUUGGCUACGCCUUCAACGAGCAGCUCGGCACGUGCAGUGGACGCAUUGCAGAUCAGCUGCCGCGAACAUGUACCAAUUAAGACUUUCAUUUCUUGCCAGCAAUAAUUGUCAUUUUUUAAUUAACAAUUACCAAUAAUAACAAUAAAACUGUGAGCUAAUCACCUUAUCUAAGUAC